AUGUACCCUUGGGUAACUGCAGACGCUUUCCAAUUUCUCGUAGCUCUAUCGAAGCGGAAGAGGACCUACCUCAUCCGGGACUGCAUCCCUGGGGAACUUCUCCACGAGGCCCUCCUCAUCUCAUCACAGUAUACCCCAGUCUCCCAAGAGGGCCUAAUCAUCAUUUCGAAAGGCCUUUGCGCCCAGAUAGAGGGCCACUUUCAUUUCCAGCUUCAUGCCACUCCCCACAACCUGCAUUCCUAA